AUGGAGCGCUUCCUGGCUCUCCUGCGCCUGCUCCAGAGGAGGCGCAGGAGGAGGUACCGCGCCGACGACGACUACCAGGAAGGAUACGACGAUGUCUACUUCUAUACCAGCAAGUACCACGCGCGGCUGCUACAUGAAGGUCCGUACACCAAACAUUCGGCAGGCUCGCGUCCGUCGGACGGCGCGCUCGCCAUCAGGAGGCAGAGCAUUCCGGAUGAGUUCCGGGGGUGCACGCUGGUGGAGCUGAUGAAGAAGGAGGGCACCACGCUGGGGCUGACCGUGUCGGGCGGCAUCGACAAGGACGGGAAGCCGAGGGUGUCCAACCUCAGGCCCGGGGGCAUCGCCGCCAGGAGCGACCAGCUGAACGUCGGCGACUACAUCCGCUCGGUGAACGGCAUCAACUUGGCCAAGUUCCGCCACGACGAGAUCAUCAGCCUGCUGAAGAACGUGGGCGAGCGCGUGCUGCUGGAGGUGGAGUACGAGCUGCCCCCCGUCUCCGUCCAGGGCUCCGGCGUCCUGUUCAAGACCGUGGAAGUCACGCUUCACAAGGAAGGAAACAGCUUCGGAUUCGUCAUCAGAGGAGGAGCCAGCGACGACAGGAACAAGUGUCGGCCCAUCGUUAUCGCCACGGUACGCUCGGGAGGGCCGGCCGACAGGGAGGGGAGCAUCAAACCGGGCGACCGUCUGCUGAGCGUUGACGGCAUCCGUCUCCACGGCAACACGCUGGCGGAGGCCACGAGCGUACUGAAGCAGAGCGGACAGGAAGCCACCAUGCUGCUGGAGUACGACGUCUCCGUCAUGGAGUCCGUGUCCUCGGCUUCGGGCCCUCUGCUGGUAGAGGUGGCCAAGGCGACGGGCUCCAGCCUGGGCGUGGCUCUGUCCUCGUCCAUGUUCUGCAGCAAGCAGGUCAUCGUCAUCGACAAAGUCAAACCGGCCAGCAUCGCCGACAGGUGUGGCGCUCUGCACGCCGGCGAUCACAUUUUGUCGGUGGACGGCAAGUCGAUGGAAUUCUGCUCUCUGGCCGAAGCUACGCAACUGCUCUCCGCGUCCUGCCACAACGUCCGCAUGGAGAUCCUGCCUCAGCACCAAGCCCGACCGGCGCUCAACGCGCCGCAGCAAGUCAAGGUGCAGCGUUCUCCUCGUCCCCUCCCUUGGGAGAGCGGAAACUCCGCCCCUAUCCUCCCCCCUUACCACUACAACACGUACCAUCCCGACCAAUCGGGCGGCAGGUCGCACAACCGCCAUACAAACAAUCCGCCAUUGGGUCACACGUUCUCUCCGGGCUCCAUGUCGGCGUACAGUCUGUCGUCCCUCAACAUGACCGUCCCCAGGAACGCGUACCCCACUAGCCCGCGGGGUACGCUGAUGAGGAAGAAGCAGAAGAAGAAGGACUUCAAGAGCUCCUUGUCUCUGGCGUCCAGCACGGUGGGUCUGGCCGGUCAGGUGGUCCACACGGAGACCACGGAGGUGACGUUGCUCGGCGACGGCGUCAUGGGCUUCGGCCUCCAGCUGCAAGGCGGCGUCUUCGCCACGGAGACGCUCUCCUCGCCGCCGCUCAUCGCUUACAUCGACCCCGACAGUCCCGCAGAGAGGUGCGGCAUUCUCCAAAUAGGCGACCGCAUCUUAUCCAUAAACGGCAUUCCUACAGAAGACUCCACUCUGGAAGAAACCAAUCAGCUGCUUAGAGACUCCUCCAUUACUGCACAACUCACCCUAGAGAUCGAGUUCGACGUGGCCGAAUCGGUCAUUCCGUCCUCCGGAACGUUCCACGUGAAACUCCCCAAGAAGCCGGGAGUGGAGUUGGGAAUUACCAUAAGCUCUCCUUCAAACAGGAAAGCGGGAGACCCCCUCAUCAUUUCGGACAUCAAGAAGGGCAGCGUCGCACAUAGGACGGGGACGCUGGAGCUGGGCGACAAGCUCCUGGCCAUCGACAACAUCCGCGUAGAGACCUGCUCCAUGGAGGAGGCGGUGCAGAUCCUGCAGCAGUGCGAGGAGCUGGUCAAGCUGAAGAUACGCAAAGACGAGGACAACUCUGAUGAGCAGGAAGUGUCGGGGAGCAUCAUCUACACGGUGGAGCUGCAACGCUACGGGGGUCCUCUAGGGAUCACCAUCUCGGGCACGGAGGAGCCUUUCGACCCCAUCGUCAUCUCCUCGCUCACCAAAGGAGGCCUAGCGGAAAGGACGGGCGCCAUCCACGUGGGCGACCGCAUCCUAGCCAUCAACAGCAGCAGCCUGAAGGGCAAACCGCUGAGCGAGGCCAUUAUUCUGCUGCAGCAGGCCGGCGAGACCGUCACGCUCAAGAUCAAGAAGCACGGCGAGCUGUCCAGUCCCGAGUUCCGCGCCGUCGGCUCGGCUCUGGAGAACCACGACGGCGAGGCGGGAGAGGAACCGCCUUCGGGUCAGAGGAUGUUCAGCGCGCUGCCGUCCGUCGACAGCGCCGUCGAGUCCUGGGACGGUUCCAAUGUGGACGCCGGCUUCGCCAGUCCGGCCCCUUCCUUCCAAUCGUCGCCGUUCACAUUCCACGAGUGGCGCAACGCCAAAACGAGCAACAGCCAAUCCCUCGCCUCUUCUCGCCUAAGAACCAACCCGCUGGCGGACCUGUCGGGCCUCAACGACGACUGGGAACACGUCACGCUUGGCGGGUGAGCAAAGUGGCAUUUGCCAUUCGAAGCGGCGACGGGACGCAGGUUCACGGUAGGUCACGACGGGACGGAACCGGACCAGGAGGAGAACUUUUGGUCUCAGGCCCUGGAGGACUUGGAGACGUGCGGACAGAGCGGGAUCCUCAGGGAACUGGAGGCCACCAUCAUGUCUGGCUCCACCAUCAGCCUGAACCACGACCCGGCCCCCUCCCGCACCUCGUUGGGACGCCAGGCCAGCUUUCAGGAACGCAGCAACACGCGCCCCCAGGUAACCCCGCGCUCCAACACCUUGCCUUCCGACCCCCAACGCAGAGCCUUCGCCAUGAAGAAGAUGAGACAGGAAGUCAAUGACAUCCUUAACCAGACGCCAGUCGAACUUCACAAGCUGACUCUGGAAAAGUCUUCCGAUUCCGAGGACUUUGGCUUCAGUGUGUCGGACGGCGUUUUGGACCGCGGCGUUUACGUCAAUAAUAUCCGGGCCGGCGGGCCGGCGGAGCGCGGAGGCCUGCAGGCGUACGACCGCCUCUUGCAGAUCAACCACGUGCGCACUCGAGACUUCGACUGCUGCCUGGUGGUUCCGCUCAUCGCCGAGUCGUCCGACCGCUUGGAUUUGGUGGUCAGUCGAAACCCGCUGACCAAUCACUCGGAAGGCACCGACAACGGCCGCGCCCCUCGACCCGUCGACGGCAACAAGGAAGCGGGCGAGGACGGCGCGCCCAUCAAGUGGAAGAAACCCGGGGACGGGACCGGGUCGGGGCUCGUCACAGACACUUCUGUAUAA